CAAAUUGCCCCAGUAACUCAGUGGUGAGUACAGCAUUCGAUUGAUCAUAGGGGCUAGUACAUUCAAUUCGCUGCAGCGCAUUCACAGAAGUCAACCGAAUUGAGUCGCCGAGACUCUCUCAGAGUUCCGCUACACACACAGCUUCCGGCUCCAGGAUGAGACCCCUCUGUUGUUUGCUGGUGAAUAAAAGGUCUAAAAUGUCUACCAUAUUUCUCCAUAACUCUUCACAUCAAAACAUCAUGUACUCCAAACUCAUCAGUGUCGCACUCGUCUUCGCUGACUCUUUGGCUCCGACUGGCGCAGUCCCUAAUGACAAGCAUCUUAUGGCUCGGGCACCUGUCUCGUGCGAUGGCUUCCAGCCUUGGCAGCCCAAUGUUGCAUAUGCUGUUGGCGCUCCGCCUGUUAUUUCUAACAACCAACUGUGGACUGCUAAACAAUGGAGUUGGAGCAAAGUUCCCGAUACUUCCGCCGACGAAUGGACGCUGAACGGGCCUUGCAUCACACCGAUUAAGAACAACGUCGAUUGCACUCCCUAUUCCGCUUGGAGCAAGGACAAACAGUACUCUGAGAACAGCAAGGUGACUUUCAAUGAUCACCUCUGGAUCUCUGUACAGUGGUCGUCGACUAACUCGCCCGGUGACGCCUCCGGAAUGUGGAAGGAUUUGGGUCAUUGCUAAUCGCUUUACUUAUCCUUAUCUUGUUUGUACUCCUU